AUGGGAAAAGUUCAUCCCCAAGCAUUGCAUUCCUCUACCAGUUGCAGUUUCACUUCCAAACAAGAGACUUUCACCCUAUGGAUGAAGUCUCUGGUACUAAAUGGAAAGGGCUGCACCGUGUUUGACUCAGAUGGCCAACUUGUGUAUCGCGUUGAUAACUAUAACUGCAAGUGUAUAGAUGAAGUUCAUCUCAUGGAUCAAAAAGGCAAUACCUUGUAUACCAUACUAAGAAAGCAAUAUAGUCUGUCCAGGUUUUGGGAGGGUUACAGAUCCCCAGGGACAAGGAAUCAGAAGAGAGAGAGAGGACCAAGCUUUCGAGUUUAUAAAACUUGCAGGAUCGCUAGACGUAUUUCAACUUACAAAGUUAAACUUGGAGCGGACAAAAGUCAACCAUACAGUCAUAAGAUAGAAAGCAGCACUGGCAAGUCAGCGUGCAAAAUAUCUGACCAGUUCGGAAUACUAGUUGCAGAGUUAAGAAGAAAGAAAUCAAGUUGUGGAGUUGAUUUUGGGGAUGAUGUUUUGACAAUGGUAGUGGAGCCAAAUACAGAUCUCUCUCUCAUCAUGGGUCUUGUUGUAGCUUACACCCUCAUUAAUUGUCAAAUGUAA